UUUUUCGAUGUAAUACCACUGGACAGGUGCGCUGAGGAGAUUCUGGAUGCAAUUCUGAAGGAACGAAUGUAUUAUUUUAUACCAUGGUCACUCUCAUUUCUCUGUAUUUUCGUCAAGGGCUAUUCAACGAAGUUUGCGAUUCCGUACGUUCGACGUCUCAUAAACUGUAAAUAUGAAACUCUCAACAAUGGAUGCGACAUCAUCGUGGAAAAACAAUAG